AAAGUCUCCUCAUCGUAAAAAGUAAUAAACAUAAAAUUUUCCGAGUUUUUCUUCAAAUUUUGCAUUUAAGGACUCAUGUGAACUUCUAACUUGCUGCCUGAACUGCUAAAAAUUGAUUGUUUUUGUUGUGUACUUGCUUGAUUUUCGAUGACAGAACGACGUCCUGGAGGGAUUUUACGUCGUGAUCCCGUUGCCUUUCAAUAUCGCGAGACGCCCGACAAUGAGUUGCUCGUGUUCGGGUAUCAGUGCAAGCUGUAUCGUGACGACGCGAAAGCACUUUAUAUCGACCAAGGACGCCAUUUGAUUCCGUGUCCUUCGAAUACGUCACUGAAAGUUGAUCGUUUCGAUGUGCGCGGUGCUUUGAGUGAUCCGGUGCAAUUUGAACCGCCUCCCGGAGGCUUCAGUGAUCGAUUGGAAGGCUUGACGCCCGCUGAGAGAAAAGCCGAAGAACUUUGCGAAGAAGAGCGAUAUUACGAUUUGUUCCAUAAUGACGUCGAUGAGGAGCUGUAUCAACCAGAUACGGAAAAUAGCAACUCGAAUGGGGCAAAAAUUGGAUUUAAUUACGAUGGAGAUGCAGCGACAGUUGGUCCAAAAGGACCUGAUGACGAAGAAUCGCAAGAUGGCUUGGAAGCGGAGCCUUUUGUGUUGCCCGAGGGUUUUGUUGUGCCGCCUGACAUGGAAGUACCUGAAAAUAUGAAGCAACAUGCCGUAAUUGAAAAGACUGCACGAUUUAUCGCAUCUCAGGGAAUUCAAAUGGAAAUUCUGCUGAAGGCGAAGCAAAGUAAUAACCCGCAAUUCAGCUUUUUAAUACACGACGAUCGACUAUGGCCAUAUUAUAAACACGUUUUGGAGGCGAUAAAGACGAAAGUUUAUCCCGAAAAGAAGCCUGAAGCGGAAAAUAAUGAAAAUGAGGCAGCAAGACCUUUUGAAUCGGUUGCCCCGAUUGUCAAUAUGGAGCAAAUUAUGGAACAAAACUCUGUUCCCGUACCAAAUUACAUCCCAUCGCAAGACUGUGUCUACUUCAAACUCAUGAACAAAAUUGGAAAAGUCUCAGGAAUCACAAUUCAACCAAAAACUGCGCCUGAAACGAAGUCAGAAACGAAUGGCGAUGCAAAAACACCUCAGGUUCAAGCAACUUCAGGCUUAAAAGGUCUCGUUGCGUACGCCACAGACUCUGAGGACGACGAAGAAGACGAACCCGAGUCAGAAAAGGAAGAAAAAUCGUACAAUGGAUCAAUCCCGCCGUCUGAAAUUCAAAACAUCAUCGAGAAAGUCGCUUCGUACGUCGCCAAAAACGGCGACGAAUUCGAAGAAAUUAUGGCAAAUCGUACAAAAGACGAUCCCCGUUUCGCAUUUCUCGCAAAAACAAACGAUUUUCACGGAUAUUACCUGCACAAGUUGGAAGCUCUUGCCCCGCAUAUCGUCAAAGCACGUCAAAUCAAGGCGAAAUUGGCGGCUUCGAAACAAAACAACACUCCCGCGCCGGUUUCUUUCUCCAUUAAACCCAAAGAAGACAAUGCGUCGGCUGUGAUAAAUGCGAAACCCGUUUUAUUGCAUGAGAGCGAUCACAAUACCGAAAGCGAAAAUGAUGAAAAAAUCCCGACGUUGCCUGGCAACAUCCCCCUUACGUCAGAAUUGAAGGAAAAACUCAAAGAAGCUCGUCGCGCAAAGGAACAAAUUCAGAAUAAGCUGGCACAAGCAGCGCGGGAACGACUUGCGACACCCGCAUCGAAGGAAGAACAACUUCGAUUGGAGCGGAAAAUGAAGGCGAAGGCAUUUUUGGACAAAAUUCAGAAACCAACGACGUCAAUGACAAAUCCCGUCGCGCAAAUUGGUCCCCAACCUGUUCCCAUUGCCCCGAAAAUUGGUCCAAUGAACGAAGAACAACCCGCAUCAGAUGCAGAAUCCGUUCACUCGUUGCCUGAUUCCGUCAGUUGUAACACGAUAGAGAUUUUAAGCUCGGGUUCUGAUGAUAGUCGACGUCACGAGAGACGAAAGCAUCGGAAAAAAGAUAAAAAAGAGAAGAAAAGUAAAAAAUCAAAGAAACGGAGAUACUCGCGGAGUAGAAGUCGCAGCUCAGAUAGUUCUGAUUCGCGUGGAGGAAGGUCACGAAAGCAUCGACGACGCAGUAGGACCCGAAGUAGAUCCGCCGAUAGACGAUACCGAAGGAGAUCAUAGUAGAUAAUUGUUGUUUUAAUGUCAAAAUUAUUUUUUUUUGUUCAAAUCUUUUAUUUUAGAUAACGAGAAAAAGUUAUAAAAAGAAAAAUAUAGAGAAAAUUUUCAUAUCGAAAAAUUUAA